AUGGCGAAGCUUUCCUUCUCGCCGACCGACUCUAUCUCGUCGCAUACCCUCUCGGCUCAGUCCAACCAGCCCCCGCCUUCCGAUCCGAAGAACGCAUCCGCCCAAGCGCUGCUUUCGGCCCUCUCCGCCUCGCCGCACACUUUCCUCCAGCCCACCACUGGCCUCCACAAUGCCGCCCUAUCGCUCGCGAAGAGUCUUCUUGAUCCCCUCGCCUCUGGUGUCAGCGAGGCGCAACUAGCCCGCCGGGAGGAGGCGCGCAAGAAGCGCAAGAGAGGCGAGAGCGAUCAUGGAAGUGAUCAGGUCUUGCAGCUGAAGAAGGUCCACCUCGAAGGGUUCGGAGCAGACCAAAUCUGGGAGCAAGCAAAAAGGGUUCUGGAUGCUGCAAGGGACGAGGUUGAGCGCGACUUGCCUGACGUGCUGGGCGAAUCGGAUGAUCUGGCUGACGGCGACUCCGAUGCGCCAGACGGAGUUAAAGUGGGACGCUUUGACGAGGACGGCUCUGAACUCAGUGAUCCUGAAGGCGACGAGGGAAGCAGCCUGGGCGAGGAGGGUGUGGAUUGGGAGUACGAUGGCGAAGAUGUGGAUGAUGAUGAGGAUGGCGAGGGCAUUGAAGAAGGCUUCCACACUGAAGAGGAAGACGGCGAUCUGGAUGAGGAUGAAAUAGACCCGGACCUGGAUGAUUUCGACGACGAAGACAUGUCGGAUGAGGACCAACCAGCAGCCGAAUACGUUGCGGAUCCUCAUGGGCUUAACGACGGAUUUUUCUCCAUCGACGACUUCAACAAACAGACCGAAUUCUUGGAACAACAGGAUGUUCGAGGCGACCCCGACGAUGGUGCUGCAAGUGAUGAAGAGGAGGUUAAUUGGGAAGCUGAUCCCCUUUCCAUGAACCCAAGCACCGGCGAGAAGCUCAAGAAACCCACUGAGGAUGAGAGCGACGACGAAGAGGAUGGUCCUACCUUUGGCAAUGCAGACUUGAAUGCACCAGAGGGCGCCAGCGACGAUGAAAUGGAUGAUGAUGAUGAGCCCAUCGGGGACGAUGACAUGGAGAUGGGCGAUUCCUCGAACGCAAACAACAUCAUGUACGCCGAUUUCUUCGCACCACCCGCGAAAAAGGCUAGCAAGAAGAAGAAGGGCCGCCCGAACCCGCAUAACUUCCCUGCCGAUUACGAGGGUAAGCCGAAGCCUACUGAUGAGGACGUCGAACGGACCAUGGCCGCUGUCCACCGCGAGCUCUUUGAUGAGUCGGAAGAUGACAACGCUUCGGAUCUCAGCGACGCCGCGCCGGGUGAACCCAAGGCUCGCAAGUCUACUCAUGAGCGUCGCCAGGCGAAGCUCGCUGAGGAGAUUCGAAAGCUUGAGGCUGCCAACGUCGCUAAGCGCCAGUGGACACUUUCUGGUGAGGCGCGCGCUGCUGAUCGUCCUAUGAACUCUCUGCUUGAAGAGGACCUUGAGUUCGAACGCGCUGGCAAGCCCGUCCCUGUCAUCACCGCCGAGGUGAGCGAGGACAUCGAAUCCUUGAUUAAGCGUCGCAUUCUGGCACGCGAGUUCGACGAGGUUAUCCGCCGGCGUCCUGACGACCUUGCCACUGGCCCCGUCCGGCGCGGCAAGUUCGAGCUCGACGACACCAAGGCGCAAAAGGGCCUCGCAGAGGAAUACGAAGAGGAGCACCUGCGCAAGACGGACCCCAACUACGUUGACGUCAAAGACGAGAAGCUCAAGAAGGCGCACAAGGAGAUCGAGGCGCUGUGGCGCGACGUCAGCGGCAAGCUCGACGCGCUCUCCUCAUGGCACUACAAGCCGAAGCCCGCGGCGCCGUCGCUGGAGAUCCGGACCGACGCGCCGACGAUCAGCAUGGAGGACGCGCGGCCGACGGCGGGCGGCGACAUUGGUGGCGCGAGCAUGCUGGCGCCGCAGGAGGUGUACGCGCUGGGCGAGGAGAAGGCGGCCGGCGACGUGCUGACUAAGGGCGGCAUGCCUGUCGCGAGGGAGGAGAUGUCGCGCGAGGAGAAGGUGCGCAGGCGCAGGCGCGAGAAGGAGCGUAUCAAGAAGAGCGGCGCGCCCCAGAAGAAGGAGAGCAAGACGCAGAAGGAGCAGAAGGCUGUGGUGGGCGAUUUGAAGAAGGGCGGUGUUAAGAUUAUUGGUAAGAAGGGCCAGGUUACGGAUGUUGAGGGCAAGGCGAUCAAGGAUGGGAGGGUACAGGGUGGUGCCGGAGCGUUUAAACUUUGA